UAACCAAAAGCGCAUUAAUAUAAAGAAAAUUGUAAACAAACAAAUUUCAACAAGAAUCGUGUUACUUUUUUGUCUUGUAAUGAGUUUUCGUUAUUUUAGAAGAUUAAUAUCCCUUACAAAGAUAGAAUAUUCAUAUCGUUUUUACAGCAGAAAUGUAUCGCGACGGAAAACUUUUAGGAUAUCAAAUUCUUCAGAAGAUUCUGUAACAUCUCUUCAGCAAAACAAUCUUUUGAAAUUACAAGUCGGCAAUCAGAAUAAUGAUAAUUUAAAAAGCGUUUUUCACCAUUGUGAAACUAACUCAAAUGUGUCUCAGUAUGAGACGCUUGAAGCAAAAAACUCUCGCCUCAUGAAAACUCUUGCCCUUAUUAGAAGCCGAAAAUUGAGAGAACGGAAAGAAAAAAUGGUUUUGGAAGGGAAAGUGUUGAUCAGUGAUGCCAUUAAUGCUGGCAUGAAACUCAAUGCUCUUUAUUUUUGCCAAGAUACAGUCCUUGAAGAGAUUAACUGUGAAAAAAUGAAAAAAGUAGAAUUUUUCAAGAUUGCACCUAGAACUAUGCAGUUAUUGUCUGAAAGUUCUCCUGAGGUCAUAGGUGUUUUUCAAAGACCAUCUGUUGAUGAUAUAAAGUUGUUAUCAGAACAUGUGAUACCUGUCACCAUACUUUGUGAUAACAUUAGGGAUCCAGGAAAUUUAGGAUCAAUUAUUAGACAUGCAGCUUCUGCUGGUUGCCGCAAUGUUUUAUUGAUAAAAGGUUGUGCUGAUCCAUGGGAGACAAAAGUGUUGAAAGUAGGUUGUGGUGGUCAUUUCCGCAUCCCCAUCACAAACAAUAUUCAAUGGGAAAAUCUUCCUAACUAUUUCUCAAAAGAGUCAAAAAUAUUCAUUGCUGAUAAUUCAAGCGACAUAGAACAUUGGGAGGAAUCACCAGAAUUAAUUAAUUAUGAUGCUAGCCCAAAGGAACACUCAGAUGGAAUGGCAAAACAAUACUUAGCAAUGAAUGAACACAGUGAAUUGAUUCAGACAGAUAAAUCAAGUGAAUUGGAAGCAUUUGAAGAGAUAAAUCUGCCUUGUUACCUGUACUCAAGUGUUAUGUUUCCAAGAGAAAAUAUUGUUUUGUAUGUUGGUGGUGAAACACAUGGAGUAGACAUUAGAAUAGUAAAGUUAGCUUGUGAUUAUGGCGGAAAAAAGGUUAAAAUACCUUUGGAAAAUAGCAUGGAUAGUUUAAACUCUUCAUUUGCCAUGGCGAUAAUACUGUAUGAAAUAAAGCGUCAGCUUUCUGAAAAACUGUAAUAAAGCAAGAUUUUAACUA